CCCCCGGCCGCCCCGACGGCGGCCCCCGCGGCGCAGACGCCCCAGCCCCCCACCGCCCCCAAAGGGGCCAGCGACGCCAAGCUCUGCGCGCUCUACAAAGAGGCCGAGCUGCGCCUGAAGGGCAGCAGCAACACCACGGAGUGUGUACCCGUGCCCACCUCCGAGCACGUGGCCGAGAUCGUGGGCAGGCAAGGCUGCAAGAUUAAGGCUCUGAGGGCCAAGACCAACACCUACAUCAAGACUCCGGUGCGGGGCGAGGAGCCAGUGUUCAUGGUGACCGGGCGGCGGGAGGACGUGGCCACAGCCCGACGGGAAAUCAUCUCAGCAGCUGAGCACUUCUCUAUGAUACGCGCGUCGCGCAACAAGUCGGGCGCCGCCUUUGGCGUGGCGCCUGCCCUGCCGGGCCAGGUGACCAUCCGUGUGCGAGUGCCCUACCGCGUGGUGGGGCUGGUGGUGGGCCCCAAGGGGGCAACCAUUAAGCGCAUCCAGCAGCAGACCAACACGUACAUUAUCACGCCAAGCCGCGACCGCGACCCAGUGUUCGAGAUCACGGGCGCCCCGGGCAACGUGGAGCGCGCGCGCGAGGAGAUCGAGACGCACAUCGCAGUGCGCACCGGGAAGAUCCUCGAGUACAACAAUGAAAACGACUUUCUGGCGGGGAGCCCCGACGCCGCGCUGGACAGCCGCUAUUCGGAGGCCUGGCGGGUGCACCCGCCCGGCUGCAAGCCACUCUCCACCUUCCGCCAGAACAGCCUGGGCUGCAUCGGCGAGUGUGCAGUGGACUCUGGCUUUGAGGCCCCGCGCCUGGGCGAGCAGGGCGGGGACUUUGGCUACGGAGGGUACCUGUUUCCUGGCUACGGCGUGAGCAAGCAGGACGUGUAUUACGGGGUGGCCGAGACCAGCCCCCCGCUCUGGGCGGGCCAGGAGAACGCCACGCCCACCUCGGUGCUCUUUUCCUCCGCCUCCUCCUCCUCUUCCUCUUCCGCCAAGGCGCGCGCUGGGCCCCCCGGAGCGCACCGCUCUCCUGCCGCCUCCUCGGAGCUGGCCGGACUCCCGAGACGCCCGCCGGGGGAGCCGCUCCAGGGCUUCUCCAAACUUGGUGGGGGCGGCCUGCGGAGCCCCGGAGGCGGGCGGGAUUGCAUGGUGUGCUUCGAGAGUGAGGUGACUGCCGCCCUUGUGCCCUGCGGACACAACCUGUUCUGCAUGGAGUGUGCAGUCCGCAUCUGCGAGAGGACGGACCCGGAGUGUCCUGUCUGCCACAUCACAGCCACACAAGCCAUCCGAAUAUUCUCCUAAGCCCCUCCGCCCCGCGCCUCCUGGGGCCACUCCCCAGGGGCCCGUCCCUCAAGCUGUUUUCCACUAGGGCCUUUUGGAAAUCAGUAAUUUGAAGGGCAAGGUGCUUAGAGAUACUCGCCGCUGGGGAGGGGGGAAAAGGGGAGGCGAUGGUGGCUGGAGGGUGG